UGUUGUGUUAUCAUAGUGCUAUACAUAUACGAGCUAUCCGCUGAUUAUGGCUACAAAGAUUGAUCCUUCCAUAGAAGAAGUACUCCCAUUGACCGAUACGUUCCGUGAAGAAGAGAUUUCUGUUGAUGCUUUAAGGGUAGAUACAGAUGAGGACAAAGACUGUGAAAGAAAAUUUGAUCAAUUUUUUUAUGAUUUCCCAGAAGAAUUAAAAGGCAAAUGCGACCGCUCACAAGUGAAGGCAGCAUAUAAAAAUGCCAAACAGCUCAGAAUUCUUGUGACUGGAAAAACUGGAUCUGGAAAAUCUACUCUUAUUAACGGGAUUCUUGGAGUUGCUGUAGCUAAAGUAGGGAACAAAAUCAGUGAGGCCUGCACAACAGAAGUCACAGCAUAUAACUUAAGAAAGUGGAAUGUUGACAUGAUAAUUUGGGAUAGCCCUGGCUUACAAGAUGGCACUGAUAAUGAGGAUUACCUGCAACAAAUAAAGGAGAUGUGUCAGGAGAGAGAUUUGACCAUGUACUGUAUCGAUGUACGUCAAACAAGAUUGAUCAGUGGGAGUAGCAACCAAGACAUUGUUGCAAUGAAGAAACUUAACGAAACAUUUGGUCCUGAGUUUUGGAACAACACUGUCAUUGUUCUGACAUUUUUCAACUCUUUUGCUAAUGACGAACAGAUUAUAGGUCUUCCAUCUGCAGAAAAGAAAGCAGCAGUCGGGGCUAAACUGCAGGAGUGGAAAAAUCAGAUCGUGCACAUUUUAACUCAUGAUGUGAAUAUUCACCAACAAGUAGCUGAGAAGAUCAUCAUUGUUCCAGCUGGUUACUACAGUAAGCCACAUCUUCCAAUCUGCAAUUAUUGGCUAUCGAGCCUCUGGUUUCAUUGCCUUGCAGCUAUUUCUACUAAGGAAGGCCAGAUAGCAUUAUACAAAGCGAAUUUCCAUCGCAUGAAAAAUAACACCCAAGUACAAAAAGAGGAUUUUGAAAAAAAUAUAGAGGAUCAGCCGAUUUUGAAGGAAAGAAGUCUGUGGCAAAUGUUGGUGGUUGGUGCAAAAUUUGGUGAUUGGUGCAGCAUUUUUUAGAUUUUUUUGGGAUUUUUUUACUUAACUACCCGUGUCUGUAAUUUUUGUAGUACGCAACGUGUUAAGAUUUACCUUUUGUUGUACACGUGCACAUUUUUUUGCACCAUAGACAUUUUGUUGUUGUUGUUGUUUAUCACGAAAACAUUAUUUUGUUGCAUAACAAUGUACAAUCUA